CCCCGCUUGCCCUUUCUCGCGGCAGGGCAGUUCUGUCUUGUCGGUCCCCCUCCUCUUCCGCCCCGCUGUCCUGAUUCUCUUUCCCUCCUUCCCUCAGAGGAUGUCCUCCUUCCAGCUCAACCUCAACCCGCUCAAGGAGCCGCUCGGCUUCAUCAAGGUCCUCGAGUGGAAUUUGAGAAAACACCAUUACAUUUCUUUAAGCAUAUUUAUGACCAGGAAAACAAAUUUCCAACUACUUUUUGAGACCUUGAAAUACCCACAAAUUGCUUCUAUCUUUGCUUUUGCCACCUGUGGAGGUUUUAAGGGCAAAACAGAAAUUCAAGUGGCUUGUCUAACUAAUAAAUCUGACAAUAAAACGAUUACAGCUACUUUUGGUUAUCCAUUCAGGUUGAAUGAAGCAUCAUUUCAGACACCUCAAGGUGUAAAUGUGUGUGAUGUAGAUUGGAAAAGUCAUGUCCUUAUUGGAGAUUACUCUUCUGCUGCAGAAUUCUAUGUUACUUUUGCAGUCUUUGUCUUCCUGUACUGCAUUGCUGCUCUUCUGCUCUAUGUUGGUUACAUGAACCUGUAUCGUGAUAGUCGAAAACUUCCCAUGAUUGACUUUGUUGUUACUCUUGUUGCCACUUUUUUGUGGUUGGUGAGCACUUCAGCCUGGGCUAAAGCUCUUACAGAUAUUAAAACAGCUACCGGUCGCAAUAUUGUCCAGGAACUUCUGCCUUGUAAUCAACAGAGAGUGAUAUGUCAUUUUGGCUCUGUGACUAGUAUGGGAUCCCUAAAUGUAUCUGUGAUCUUUGGCUUUCUGAAUAUGAUACUUUGGGGAGGAAAUGCAUGGUUUGUGUACAAGGAGACCAGCUUACACAGUCCCUCAAAUACUUCUACUUCCCAUAGCCAAGGAGGUAUUCCUCCUCCAACUGGAAUAUAAUUGAAGGGAGAAGUACAGUACACUGUUUGAAAUAGAUGUCUAUACUAUGACCUGUUGCCAACAUCUUGAGAAGCAUUUUUUGUUUCUAAUAAAAGUAAUGGCUUUUUCAAUAAAUUGGUGGGUUUAAAAUUUUGCUGCUUUUUUACAUAAAGCUUGUGCCUUUCCUAGAAAUUUAAGAUGUAAAUGUAUUCUCACAUGUGAAUUUGAAAAUUCUGGGGCCUAUUAUGAGAUGAUACACAUUUUUAAAUGAACAAUAAUUUCUUCACUAAGUUGUUUGCCUUCCAAAGUGUUUACACCUUAAGCCUUAACAUACAUCUUCACUGAGAAAAGAGUUAUAUUGUUAUAUCAUAAUAGGAAGAAAAUCUCUAUUGGAAUAUACACUACUGUAAGUUUGUACAGAUCAUAUUCCUAAGACCUGUCUUUGUUUAAGAAAGUCUUGAUUACGUAAAUCAUAUUUAGAAAAAACAUUUAGUUCACAGUUUAUAUCUGAACAUUGUUUAUAUGUUAUGAAAAAUUUUUAAUACAAAGGCUGCAUGUAUGUUUUAUUUCUGUUUUUCUAAAUGACCUACAGUACUUGACAGGUGUACUAAAGUUGUUUUGGGAGUGGGGUUUAGAAAUUUCUAUUAGAUGUAUAGUUAAUUUAGUAAUUCUCUUGCAUGAGGUAUAAGCUUCCAUUGUGUUGGUUAUUUAAUAGAUUGGCUAUAUAAGUAGAACAUGGUUCACCGAGAUGUUUUGAUAUGUAUGGGCAUUACUCCUAGUGAUAUUUGUUUGCUGUCCUUUGUUGCUCAUACUCCUUCAGUGCAGGCUGAGGCCUCAUCUCCUUGUAAGUACAGUAAAAUAAUCUACCUUUUUUUGCAGACUCUAUUCAUAGGGUUACAAAAAAUGAAGGUUGCCUUUUACUUUUGAAACAUUUAACAUUUAUAUUCAAUGAAGUUGCUAUUUUGAGUUUAGUAUUGGUAUUGUGAAAAUGAAUGCAAUUUGGAUCUCAUGUUUCUUAAUGUUAUUCUUAUUUCACAAAUGGAUAAUUAAGGAAUUAUACAUAAUAAACAGGGAACCUAAGGGGGCUCUAUUAUGGGUGUGCUGUCUUUGCUCACACAUUUGGGUGUCUUCUGAAUAUAGGGCUUAUUCACAUUUUGCUACCUAAUAUUUUUGCUGUACAGGCCCAGAUUUCCUACUACCACAUAAUUGUUUGUAUGUGAAGCACAUCUUUCUAUUGCCUUAUUUUUGUUGCUUUUGUUCAUGACAAGCAUUGUCAAUAUGAGAAUGUAUAUCUUUUAUGCAACCAGCUUAAUAAAGAAGUUAAAGGAAAGAGUGCACUGAUUGUUAUAUUACAAAGGAACUUUCCUCUUAAAGGCAUGAGCAAUGCAAAAUGGAAUGGAUUUACAAAGCAAGAAAUAGAAUAUCACAAUAGUUUUUUUUUUAAUAUUUGGCAAGAAAUAAAAGAAAAAAUGCUUUGGA